CAUUCCAGAAGUGUUUCUGGUGCUCGUUUUCUUCUAGUAUUUCAUUAGUCUACACUAGGAAGUAAGGCACCAGCCCCCAGAGUGUAGUGGGGCUCACCACCGAGCAGAGGCACCCGUAGGGUGGCGGGAGCCAGCUCUGAGCUGCCCAAGGCGGUGGAAACACGGCUUAUCCCACCACAGGAGGCCCAAAGGCUUGGGGAGGCCAUUGGCUGCGAGCGGAAGGAGCGAGCUUUUCAUCACGCGAGAGCAGAGCCACGCUACGAAAGCAGCGGCAGAGCCCAGGGCAUGCUGGGCUGGCAGCGGGCUCUGCAGAGCGAGUCCCAGCGUGCUGGCUGCUGGCAGCCCGCCGGCCACGGCCAAGGAAGGACGCUCCACUGUUUGCUCCACGGCCAAGGAAGGACGCUCCGCUGUUUGCUGUCACUUCCGCCGCGCUCCUCUCCCAGCCCUGGGCAGGGGCACUCACAGCUCUGCAGGCACCAGCCGGGGUCUCCAAGCAAAGUCCAACGGCAUCCACUGUGCCAGGCGGCUGUAGGCAUUUUCAAAUACAGUGGUUUACCUCCUGGAGCAGAGCUGGCUACCAGCGUGCUGUUCUUCUCAAGGUGCACAGGUGAUGUGCUGCUCUCUGGGAGGCCGGCAGUGGACUCGCUGUGCUGCUCACAGGGGUGCAGCCCCUUUUCUUCCCACCAUGGCUCUCUCCUGUGCAUUGAGGCUACUGCACUGGCACCUUCGCCCAUCGAAUGCUCCCCUGAGCAGCCUGCCUGGUCAGGACCGUGGUGUGCUGAACAAUAAGAAGAUAGCAGCAAAGUGGAAGGAGAAGAAAAAGGUCAGGGAGGGCUGCAGCCUACCAGGUUCCUCCUGGGAGGAGAGGCUAGCAAAUGCGGUGACUCCACUGUGGAGACUUCCUUAUCAAGAGCAGCUGCAGGUGAAAUAUGAAAGCCAGAGGAAGAUUUUGCAGACACUGACAUCUCGUCUUGAGGAGCUGGGAAUAGAUGCGCAGAAACCUGAUGGACUCUGCUGUCCUCUCCGGCCUGUAGUCCCUUCGCCCGUCAUUAAUGGCUACCGAAACAAAUCUACUUUCUCCGUGAACCAAGGACCGGACGGGAACCCCAAAACUGUGGGGUUGUACGUGGGAACUGGCAGAGCAAGAAAUAUUGUCUGCGUGAAAGCCAACCACGUGGAGAACAUACCCCCAAAACACAAAGAAGUAGCCCAGUGGUACGAGGAGUUCAUCCGUUGCUCACCCCUGGAUCCCUGCCUCCUGUUCCAUGAAGGUGGACACUGGCGGGAGCUCGUGGUACGCACCACCAGCCGUGGCCACACCAUGGCUAUCAUCACCUUCCACCCCCAGGAGCUGGGCCAGGAGGCACUGGCUACUCAGAAAGCAUUGCUGAAGGAGUUCUUCACGUGUGGACCUGGAGCAGUCUGUGCCUUGACUUCACUUUAUUUCCAAGAGAGCACCAUGACACGCUGCUCUCACGAGCAGUCCCCCUUCCAGCUCCUUCAUGGAGAACCGCACAUCUUUGAAGAAGUGCUCGGCCUGAAGUUUCGCAUCUCUCCAGAUGCCUUUUUCCAAGUAAACACAGGUGGAGCAGAAGUUCUGUACCAGGCGGUCAGGGAGCUGAGUCAGGCUGGCGGGGACACUGUCCUCCUCGACAUUUGCUGCGGAACAGGCACAAUUGGUCUCUCUCUGGCUCACCAAGUGUCCAAGAUUAUUGGUAUUGAGGUGGUGGAGAAAGCAGUAGAGGAUGCCAGGUGGAACGCAGCAUUCAAUGGAAUUUCAAACUGUGAGUUUCACAGUGGAAAGGCAGAGGCCGUGUUACCACAACUCCUGUCAUCGUGGGAGGAUUCUCAAGCCCUUGUUGCUGUGGUGAACCCAUCCCGAGCCGGGCUCCAUUACAGGGUUGUGCGAGCUAUCCGAAACUGCAAGUCCAUCCGAAGGCUGCUCUACAUCUCCUGCAAGCCAGAGGGUGAAGCUAUGAGGAACUUUCUUGAGCUGUGCUGCCCACCCAACCCAGGGAAGAAGCUGGCAGGAGAGCCAUUUGCCCCCACGUUGGCUAUACCCUUUGACAUGUUUCCCCAUACACUUCACUGUGAGAUGGUGCUGCUGUUCACCCGCUGACAAGGAGACAGCUCUGAGAGCCCGGGAAGCAAACGCCUACUGUCCUGAAGACUGGAGCCAGUGUAGCUACGAUUUUAACUUAUUUUCUUGAAAGUUGUAUAAAAAUAAAUAAUUUUGCUUUCGCUCUUA